CCGAGAGGGUGCCCCACCCCCUGAAGCUCUUCCGCAUUUCGCCUCAAGCGAUAGAUUUCACGGCACCAUUUCCGGAUUCUGGGAUCCGGGCGGUUUCUGACGUGUGCCUGCCUCCUCCUCCCCAGGUGCUCUCCAAGAUCUUCAGCCACGAAGCCCUGCAGAGCUACCUCCCGAAGAUCCAGCUGGUGAUCCAGGACACGCUGCGGGCCUGGAGCAGCAACCCGGAGCCCAUCAACGUCUACUACGAGGCGCAGCAGCUCACCUUCCGCAUGGCCAUACGGGUCCUGCUGGGCUUCCGGAUCCCGGAGGAGGAGCUCAGCCACCUCUUUGAGGUCUUCCAGCAGUUUGUGGAGAACGUCUUCUCCUUGCCUCUGGACCUGCCUUUCAGUGGCUACCGGAAGGGGAUCCGUGCCCGGGAAGCGCUGCAGAAGGGUCUCGAGAGAGCCAUCCGGGAAAAGCUGCAGAACCCUCAAGGCAAGGACUACUCCGACGCCCUCGACCUGCUGAUUGAAAGCGGCAAGGAGCACCGGAAGGAGCUGACCAUGCAAGAGCUGAAGGACGGCACCCUGGAGCUGAUCUUCGCCGCCUAUGCAACCACCGCCAGCGCCAGCACCUCCCUUAUCAUGCAGCUGCUGAAGCACCCCCAGGUGCUGGAGAAGCUCCGCGAGGAGCUGAGGAGCAAAGGGAUGCUCCACAACGGCUGCCUGUGCGAGGGCUCCCUCCAGCUGGACACCCUCAACAGCCUCCACUACCUGGACUGCGUCAUCAAGGAGGUGCUGCGGCUCUUCACCCCCAUCUCGGGGGGCUACAGGACCGUGCUGCAGACCUUCGAGCUGGAUGGCUUUCAGAUCCCCAAAGGCUGGAGCGUCAUGUACAGCAUUCGAGACACCCACGACACAGCCCCCGUUUUCAAGGACGUGGACGUCUUUGACCCCGACCGCUUUGGACAGGGCCGCACGGAAGACAAGGACGGCAGGUUCCAUUAUCUCCCCUUUGGCGGAGGCGUACGGACCUGUCUCGGCAAGCACCUUGCCAAACUCUUCCUCAAAGCACUCGCCAUUGAGCUGGCCAGCACGAGCCGGUUCGAGUUAGCCACCAGGACUUUCUCUCGGGUCACGUUGGUGCCCGUGGUCCACCCGGUCGACGGACUGAAGGUGAAGUUCUUUGGACUUGAUUCCAAUCAGAACGAGAUCUUGACAGAAACGGAAGCUAUGCUGGAUGCCACAGUCUGAGGGAGAGCCCCGGGCUGCUGCUUCUCACGGCUGGGGAGCCUGGGGGGCCGGAAGGGAAGGGAACUAGGAAGGGCCCCCCCCGCUGAUGCAGAUGCGCCACCAGACCAGCUCUUGUGGUACGUCCUUGGUCGAAACCUGCUUGGAUGA